CGAACAGAACGUAGAGGAAAAAUUUAUGUAAAAUCCCAAAAUCUUAAAAAACAAAGCAAGCAGAUUUUUAUGCUGGAAAACGAAUCACCUACGGCGUCAAAAAAGGCUAAAAUUACUUUUGUACCUGAGGAGAAUGGAGAGGAUUUGGUGCAAGUUCUUAAAUAUGACAAGCUUUCAGCUGAAGAGUUUGAAACAAAGUGGAUUUCUUGUGCCAACUAUAGACUUAAUCAAGUACUUAACGAAUGCAGUAGCCUACGAGAGAUUCUUAAAAAGUGGCCUGAAUAUAAAUCACAUUAUAAGUUGAUUGAUAUUGACUUCUCAAUAAUGCAUAAAUCGCACAACAAAAUGCUCAACUGGGACCAAAAAAUCCUAAAGUUGUUUAACUUUUUGAAAAAAUCUAAGCAACUUAAAUGUCAUGGUGAGUCAAAAAUGUUAGAAACUCUCCAGGACGAAGAUUUGGAAAAGGAUCGAGGCACAUUUGCAGUGAAAACCCUGUGGAUUUUACAUUAUGUUCUUUUCCCGACUGGGCGGCAAGUUCGAAAAACAAUUCUCGGAAAGAAAGAAAUAUCUCGCUAUACAAUAAAGGACUCCCAGAAGACGUUUUUGUUUUUGGGAAAGACUUUGCAAGAAUUACACGACCAUAUUGAUUUUUUGUUAAAGAUGAAAGAACAUAUUCAGCCUUUUAUAUUGGGAAUCGGAAGUCUGGACGAUAUACAUGAAAUUUUUGUUUAUUUUGAUGGUGACCUCAUACGGUUUCCUAAUUUUCUUCGCUCUUUGGAUAUUUGUUUUAAAAUGUUCCAUUUAUUUAAUUUACAAUAUCCCACAGCAUCUGAAACAUUUUGGAUCUUUUUGGAAAACUACUUUUUUGAAAUAAGUUCAUGCUCAAAGAAAAAGUCAAAGGUAAGCAUCCUCUUGGAUGAUUUAGAGAAACAAUCUGAGUAAUUGGUUUCAAUUUAAUAAGUUAUAAAUUCUCAGAUAUUUAAAACACUAAAUUAAAUAAUAAUUAAGCUAUUUUUAUAUUGAUAUCUUCAUAUCAAUUAAAAAUAAGUUCGAAAAUUAGAUUUAUGCAAAUAACAAACGUUCCUAAAUUCCGCAGAUUAAAAACUGACUGUGUAUUUGAAUUACCUCAAGUAAUUACAAAUAAAGACUUAUAGACUAUAUAAGUAAAAAAAGUUAUAGUAUUUUAUAAGAACUUGUAUGCUAAAAAUAUAUUAAAUAUAUUACUGUUAAAAACAAAUCAAAAUGGACUGAAAAAUGAAUUAUAACUAAGUAGAAUUGUUUACAAAAUAUGAUAUGUAAGAAGAAACAUGAACUUUUGUAACACUGAUUAAAUAAUAUUUACAAAAUUAAUUUUUAAAAACCGCUUGCAAAACAAGUCACAAUAUGAAUUUAUUAUUUUUGAGUUUAACAUAGAUAUCUAAGACCUCUUUUGUUUGUAAAUGAAUUAACAAAGAUACG